UCGUUAUAUUUUUCUGUUUUUUAAGUUAUAAUUUAAGAGCUAUUCUAACCGUUCUAUAUCUAGACUAGUUCUUAAGUCUAUAUUAGAUUACUUUGUCAAGUAAAUUAUGUCAAAUGUCAUGAUGGCAAUGUAUUCCUUGCCUGGAUUAUCUAACCAUUUUUCCUAGAAGAAUCCCGGGAUGGUUUACCAUCCGGAAGUGAGAGGAGCAGGAAGCAACAUAUAGAACGGAAGUGAUGUCACGACGUCCUGUUUACACAGGGUGAAACUAUUUAAAGUUACGGUAAUGAAGAAAGAGAAGUCCUUUUUUCAGAAAUCCAAUCCUUUCCUGUAAACUAACAAUCGAUCAUUUCUCUUUUACCGCCUCGCUCCAAGGAAAACUAGGCUUAUAUGUUAAUAUUAUUCAGAUGUAGUAAUAGUAAAUCUAUUGUUAAUUAUCACUACGAACAGUUAUAUCAUCCAGUUAAGUCAGAAUGUCAUUUAUAUCCUAAAUAAUAUCCAGAAUUUUCAACGUUAAUUAUCAAGAACUUUUGUGAAUAUAUAAGAAGGGAAUUGCAACUUCGAAUUUUUAUCAUCCUUCAGAGAAAUUGGCUUUCAAGAAAUUGAUAUAGGCGUAUCGAGAAGAGAAAAAUGGAAAUUGACGCGGUGUCUCUUGACAAAUUUUUAGGUAUUGAUUCUGAAUCGACUUCGGAAUCGACAACGGAUUUUUCUCCACCAGCUCCCAAACGCGUACUGGAAUCGGUUAAGGAAGAGCCCAAUGACAAUUCUUCUACUAAGACACUGAGUGGCCCCGAAUAUAACUUGAGGCCCCGUUCCUUACAAGUGAAAUUCGAAACGACCGAAAGGAGAAGAGGAUCGACGAAGAGGGAACCGAAACCAAAACAGAAACCGCCUCCUCUGAGCAAGUAUCGAAGAAAAACGGCCAACGCCCGAGAAAGAACCAGGAUGCAAGAGAUCAAUCGAGCCUUCGAAAAUCUGAGGAACGUAGUUCCGCAAUUUCCAUGUAAAUUGGGAGCCGAUAAUGGAAAAUUGACGAAAAUCACUACUUUGAGGCUGGCCGUUAAUUAUAUCGCGGCUCUCACGCAAAUCUUAAGGCAAGCGGACGACGACGAAGAAAUUCCGGAAGGAGGAUCGGAAGCAGAUUCUUGUCAAUCCUUAGAAUCUCUAGAAUCCAGUUUAGAACUGGGAGACGAUUCCUGCAGUUUGAUACCUGACGGUUUCGAUCUUAUUCUAGAAUCUGACGGAGAAAGUAUGCAACUCAGCGACGAACAGACUGUUUAAUGUUUCCAAGAGUUUAACGAAGGAAAUAAAACAAAACAACUAAAGACUCUCUCUACCCGGAAUUGUCUGAUUCAAAUUAGAAAUAAUCGUUUUAGACAUAACUAAAGUAGACGAUGCUCUUUGAGCUGAAGUUAUGCGCAUGGAGGAUACCUCUGCGCGUAUCUGGCCGCUACUUAAAUUCGAAGACAAAGACAGAAAAUACUCAAAAUGUUGAAAUGUGUACAGUGAUAUUUACCUCAUCCAAUGAGAAUAUUAGAAUUUUUAAGAAAGAAUAAGUUGACAAACUGCUCAAAAAUAGGGCUUAAGCCUUUUAGCUAUACAGUUCCGUCCUUAUUAAAUGUCAUCGGUGAUUUUCCCUAGAUGGGAAGUUAAUGCUUCGAGCUCACUAGAACCAACGUGUUUCAGGAGUGUUUUAUACAUAGGAAAAUAAAAUAUUUUAUAUAAAAAUUUAUAUAUAAAAAUUCCUUAGUGCCAGUUAAAUUUUUUUUUCAUAUUGUAUCUUUUUUUUGUUAUAUUACAUUAUUUGUUGCGUAA